AUGGCUUCUAGAAUAGCUUAGUUAUCAAAGCAAUUUCUUAAUUAAAAGAGUGUUUACUCUUUUGCAACAGCAGGCAAACUUUCAAGCAAGAAAAUCAAUCAAUUUUUAGCUGCAUCUUACAUGAUUCCUCAUCCCGAAAAGGCAUUUAAAGGAGGUGAAGAUGCAUGCUUUUGUAAUAAUUAGAUUCUCUGUGUUGCAGAUGGUGUUGGCGGCUGGGCUUAGUACGGAGUCGACCCAGGCCUCUACAGCAAAGAAUUAGUUAAGCACAUUGAAGAGAACUUUAAAAAUAAAUAAAGCGAAUAUUUGUUAAAUCCACAAUAAUUAAUUAUAGAUUCACAUAGUCAAACAAAAGCAACUGGUUCAACAACAUGUUGUAUCCUCACUAUUGAUGAGCAAAAACCCAUAGUUUACACAAGUUAUAUUGGGGAUAGUGGAUAUGCAAUUUUCAGAAAAUAAAAAAAGAGUAUUAAUCCUAUUUUUGUCAGUGAAGAGCAAACUAAAUCAUUUAACUUCCCAUACCAAAUUGGUUCAGAAGGAGAUAGUCCUACUAAAGCAUGGACAUUUGAUCACUAAAUAGAACAUAAUGAUAUUAUUGUUUGUGGUACAGAUGGUGUGUUUGAUAAUAUCGAUGAAAAUCAAAUUUUAAACUGCAUCAAGCCCUUCUGGGAAUAUAAUGACAACAUCACUGAUGUAAAUCUCCUAUCAGAAAUUAUUGCAAAGUACGCAUUCAAAUUAUCUGUCGAUCCUGUCUAUAAUUCUCCUUUCGCAAAGAGAGCUAAGAAAGCCUAUUACAAUUACAGAGGAGGUAAAUCUGAUGAUAUUACUGUUGUAGUAGCUCAAGUCAAGCUUCUUUCAGAACCAAAACAUCAAGAAGAAAAUAAUGAAUGA